AUGUCUACACCACCUAUUCGUUUUCGUGACAACCCUCAUGAGGAGGGUGAAGCAUCUCCAAUUGAUAUAGGGAGCUCAUGGAAAGACCAUGAUUUGAACGAAGAGGCGCAGCGUGAGCAAGAUUUGGAGGCUGCUCGUCUGAUGAGCAUGGCACGGGAACAUACCAGCUCCAGCCACCUUUGGAUGGAUGGUAAUGAGACGAAGCUCAGUACACCAAUGGCUGCUAUGCCAAUGCGUGGCUCGCAGAACUCAGCCGCAUUAAAACGUUUCUAUCGUCACAAUGCUGGAUCGACGGCCAGCCUCGAUAGCCAACACCACUUUAUUGAUCAUCGCAAUCAAUCACACUCGCUCUCUGUCAACCCUAACUCACCCCUUGCCAUCCGUGCAAUGCAAGGUGCGAAGAGUAUGCAUGACCCGCCAGAGGGUGAAGGAGACGCACACCUGGCUGACGAGACGGCGACGAAGAGAGACCAGCCAACGACAGCUACAUCGCCGACAACGCAUCCUGACCGUGAGUAUGGAGGUUCGUAUCAAGAGUCUACCGCUGGCUCUCUACAUGGCAUGAUGCAAUCUUCCCACACAACAGCCGGCCGGGAUACGCCGCUUGAAGACGAUGUGUGCUUCCCGCCACCAAACCAUGUCGACGAGCAACCUAUGCAUGAGAAGCAAGGCUCAGUCUCGCACAAUGCUGCGCCACCAGGCUAUCCUUAUACGUUUGAUCUCACGGCUCUCGAUUCGUUCGUCCAGGAAGAGCGUGAACGCCAGGGACACAUUGGAUCCUUUACGCACCUUUCGUCGUUCGGCAGUGGGUCUGGCGCACGAAGUCAGUUUGGCUAUUCUCUGACGGGUGGUGAUGCGAAGCUAUACAGCCGCCGACCCCGUCGUGCGCAGACAGGCUUGUCUGAGGGCGGUGGGAAGUACCAGCGCAAGUUGGCGAUGUUUGAGGGAGGUCAUUCGUUCGGUCAAGCAAGCGAAUCGCCAAAACUCAAGGCGACAUCGCCUUUGUCCAUGGAGCCAGACGACGCGAACCGUCCGUUGUUGAAGGGCACGUCGCAGCCCACGUAUCAUGGCAUGCCUAGGGACGAGCCGCCUGCGCAACCGUCGCUUACGCGUGCACAGACUGUGCCGAAUACGCGCGCCCCACGGUCGAGCGUGCCCAUUCCUGGUACAGCGCACGACAAGCCAUACCGCUUUACGUUUUAUUCAAAUGCCCUACCAUCUACUAUCCAUGCGCGGUACUUGUCGGAGCUUCCUGGCCAGGGGCAGAGCUUUGAGGAUUUGUUCCGUGGUGUGCCGAGUGAGGCAGACAUGCAAGAGAUGAAAGAAAAGUCGGCGCCAUUGAUUCCUGGAGUGCCGAUGUUGGGAGGUGAGCAGAGCCAUGAACCGGACUCAAAGACGUGGUGGCUGGACGUGCUAUGCCCGACGGACCAAGAGAUGAAAGUGUUGGCACGCACCUUUGGCAUCCAUCCCCUUACGACCGAAGAUAUUUUGAUGGAAGAGACACGCGAGAAGAUUGAAUUGUUCCGCAACUAUUACCUCGUGUGUUUCCGUUCGUUUGAUCAGGAUCCUUACAGUCCGACGUAUUUGGAGCCCCUGAACAUGUAUAUUAUUGUAUUCCGUGAGGGAACGCUAUCGUUCCACUUCCGUCAGACGCCUCAUCCGCAGAAUGUGCGCCGCCGCAUCAAGCAGUUGAAAGACUACAUCAAUGUGACGUCUGACUGGAUUUCGUAUGCGCUGAUCGACGAUAUCACUGAUGCUUUUGCGCCGUUGAUUCAGAGCAUUGAGUUUGAGGUCGACAGCAUUGACGAGUUGGUACUCAUUCUGAAGGAAGCCGAGCAAAGUGAUAUGCUUCGACGUAUCGGUACCUGCCGUAAGAAGGUCAUGGGUCUGUUGCGUCUGAUGGGCAACAAGGCCGAUGUGGUGAAAGGUCUGGCGAAGCGCAGUAACGAGUACUGGAGUGUCGCGCCCAAGUCGGACAUUGGCAUGUAUCUCUCGGAUAUCCAAGAUCAUUUGAUUACGAUGACACAGAACUUGAACCACUAUGAAAUGAUUCUCUCGCGCUCGCACAGCAACUACCUCGCUCAAAUCAGUAUCGAGAUGACAGAUGCCAACAACCAGAUCAACGACGUGCUGAGCAAGCUCACAGCACUGGGUACAGUCAUUGUCCCGAUGAACGUCAUUACCGGUCUUUGGGGUAUGAACGUGCAAGUGCCUGGGCAGAAUGUGGAAAAUCUAAAUUGGUUCGGCGGCAUUUGCGCGGUCAUGGUCGUGAUUGCCGUGUCCGGCUACAUUACAACGGUGCGCUAUUUGAGCGGGCGAUAA